CUUUCUCCAAAUCAAUUUAUGCAUUACAUUACCCCAAUUUAUACCUCAACCUUUACAAAUAUCAAUUUUCUUCGGAAAAAAACAAACAAAUAUCAAUUUCAUCAAUCAAACAAGCUUUUCACUCCCAAUUUCGAAACCAAAUAAUAUCACAAACAUACCAAACCUUAUGAAAUGACGCGGUUUUAGGAUGUUUGCGCACAAAUUAUUUGGCCCAAAAAUAACGUUCGCAUACAAUACCCUUAUCAGAGCCCAUGCCUCCACUUCUCCUUCCCUUGCCUUUUCCCUCUUCACCAGCAUGCACCGGACCGGCGUCUCACCUGAUCACUUCACCUUCCCCUUCGUACUCAAAGCAUCUUCCCGCCUCCAAAUGGCUAACCAAACCUUGCAUGCGCUUAUUCUAAAGCUGGGUUUCCAUUCUAAUAUCUAUGUCAACAACUCUUUGAUUCAUUCUUACGGCUCUUCUUCUCUACUAUCUCUUGCUCUCAAGCUGUUCGAUGAAAUGCCUCACAGAGACUUGGUUUCAUGGUCUUCUAUGAUUUCAUCUUUGGAUAACAACGGGUUUUCGCUACAAGCUUUAGCUUUGUUUCAACAGAUGCAAAUUGAUGGAGAUGUGAAACCUGACGAGGUUACUAUGCUUAGUGUUGUCUCUGCUGUUUCGAACUUGGGAGAUUUAGAAUUGGGUAAAUGGGUUGAUGGGUUUGUUAGUAGAAAUCAUAGCUUGGAGCUUACUACAUCGCUGGGUACUGCUUUGAUUGAUAUGUAUUCUAGAUGUGGCUGUGUUGAUGAUUCUAUUAAAGUGUUUGAUAAAAUGCCUGAGAGAAAUGUGUUGACCUGGACUGCUUUGAUUAAUGGGCUGGCAGUACAUGGGAGAGGCAAGGAGGCACUCCGGCUAUAUUAUGAGAUGAAAAGAAAUAAUCUGCAGCCUGAUCAUAUUACCUUUAAUGGUGUUUUAGUUGCUUGCAGUUAUGCCGGUCUUGUCAAUGACGGCUGGGAAAUUUUUAACAGCAUUAAGAAUGAUUACCAUGUUGAACCUACGGUUGAGCAUUACGGGUGUAUGGUUGAUCUCUUAGGACGUGCAGGCAACGUUUACGAGGCUUUCGAAUUUGUAGAAAGCAUGCCUUGCAAACCGAAUGCAGUUAUUUGGAGGACUCUACUUGGUGCUUGUGUAAACCAUAACCACCUUGUAUUGGCAGAGAAAGUAAAGGAGAAGAUCAAUGAGCUAGACCCUUAUCAUGACGGUGACUAUGUGCUUCUAUCGAAUGCUUACGGUGAAGUUGGUAGAUAUAACGAGAAGGCGGAGAUUAGAAAAUCGAUGCGAGAGAAGAGGAUUAGCAAGAGACCAGGCUAUAGUUUGCUUUCGAUGGAUCAGGAAUUUCGCGAGUUUGUAUCGGGAGAUAGUUCUCAUCCUGAAUCAGAGAAAAUUAGGAAAUUCUUAGUUUGCAUUAUUAAUAGUUUAAGAGGUGAAGGGUAUUUUCAGCAUACUUGUAAUGUCUUUCAUGAUAUUGAAGAAGAGGAGAAAGAACAUAGUCUUGGCUACCAUAGUGAAAAGCUAGCAGUUGCAUACUCGCUCAUGCACUUCAAGGACAAAAGAAGCAUAAGAAUUAUGAAAAAUCUACGGACAUGCCGCGACUGUCAUCAUUUCAUGAAGUUCGUUUCGAGCAAAUUUGAUAAAGAGAUCGUUGUCCGCGAUCGGAAUCGAUUUCAUCAUUUCAGAAAUGGAACAUGUUCUUGCCAGGAUUAUUGGUAAUGGAUACUAACGCUGCACUAAUUUUGUAGCAUAUGCGACUCGAUGCAAAUGAAUUAAUUUCAUCUUUUAUGUAAUUCACUAAACAUCUAACAUAAGUUCUUGAAAUGAAUUUCUACUUGUGAGUUUUA